ACGGUUUAAAUCUAUAAAGAUUGUGUAGUGAUUAAACCGCGUGUCAUUGCUCCUCCGGCUCUGUAGGGGCGCCCUCUCUCACUGAUACGCUCAAACAUCAAUAAACACGCGCAGAAGGCGGCGGGAGAGUUUGCGACUCCGGGCUCAGACAACUGAACUAAAACUCCCCUAACAGUGUUUAAUUAAAGCGACAGUUCCACAGAUAUGCAGUGAAAAUAUCUACGGUUUGGGAGCUUUAAUGUAGAGAUAGUGUCGAGUGUUAUAGUGGCGGAGCGGCUGUGUUUUCUGUGUGUUUUUGUGUACAGAGCGCUGUGCUGUGUGUCAGCGGGGCUAACGUUAAACUAGAUUACCCAGCCUAACAUUAGCUAAAUAACACACACCUGAAAACCCAGCUGUGUUCAGUAAUGGCAACAGUAACCAUCUGUCCUCAGAGACAAAGCUGAAGCUUUUUUAAAGAACCAUUCAAACCUGGAGCUGUUGUUCAGCAAUGGGAGACAGAGCUCUGCCUACAUGGAUGUCCAAAACACAGAAACACGAAGACCAAGUUCACACACAGGGUGCCUAUAAAAAGAACAUCCUGGAGGAUGAUCUUCCGUUCCUGGAAUUUGGAGGCGUACUCAUGUACAGCAAGGAGAAAAAUGAUUGCUCAUUUUUAUCAGAAGAUUUAAGGUCCUCUCUGGCUCCCGGUUCAGCAGUGGGCUUUGAUUUGGAAUGGCCUCCGUCUUUCACCAAAGGGAAGAGCAAGAAAGUGGCGUUGGUGCAGCUCUGUGCCUCAGAAGAGAAGUGCUACCUCUUCCACCUCUCCUCAAUGACUGGAUUUCCUUCUGGUCUUAAGAUGUUUCUGGAAGAUGAAAACAUCAAAAAGGUUGGCGUGGGUGUUGAAGGAGACAUGUGGAGGCUGAUGUCUGAUUAUGACAUUAAGCUGAAAAACUUUGUAGAGCUCUCGGAUUUGGCAAAUGAGAAGCUGAAGUGUGUGGAGAAGUGGAGCUUGGAUGGGCUGGUUAAGCACUUAUUCAAAAAACGGCUCUACAAAGAUAGGGGCGUCCGCUGUAGCCACUGGGAUGACUUUGAGCUAACGGAGGAGCAAAAGCGCUAUGCUGCCACGGACGCCUAUGCUGGACUGAUAAUUCAUCAGAAGCUGGAGAAGAUGGUAAGCUCAGAUGCUUUGGCAGCUCCAGCUUGCAUGAAGAAGAAGCUUUAUCAAGUCAGCAGAGAAAUCGAGAACCUGGCUAGCUGUAUUCCUGAUGGAAUCAACUGCACGAGCAGCUCAAACAAACUAAUGGAGGAAAUAUCUCAGCGUGUUGCAUCUUUAAAAGAUCUUCUGAAGAGCAACACAAGCCAGACUGAGGAUGCAGUAGAACAACAUUCCCCAAACCCCACUGAGGACCAAACCCAUUACCUUCACAACACUACAAAUGACAAAGUGGAUCAUGAAGCGGUUCAGGGACCUUCUAAGGACAGAGCUGAUGAUUCCUGCUUUAAAGCACCGGACAAGAAAUCAGAAACUGUGGAAAAGGAUCUAAACCCCAGGGUUCAGCCAGUGCAGAGAGAAUGCAUCAUGUCGCUGGACAUUUCGGAGUAUGAGCUGCAGAUGUUGGAGAUGCAGGCCAGAGAGGAGGAGAAGGAGGAGCAGACUAUUUUGGCUUUCCAGGAGAAGGCAGCGCUGGAGAAUUCAGCAGAUCUUUCAUAUGAAGCGAGUGAAGAGAGUGAUGAUGAGUUUGACAGCGAAAUGAUUCAGUGUGUGGAGGAAGUGGAGAAACUGAAUGAUAGUUUUGAGAAGAAUUCACCCCCAGAGGAUGAAGAUGUGGAUGUUGAGGAGGACGAAGAGGAAGGCUUUGAUCCGACUCUUCCAGAACCACUUCCCGAGCAGAUUAAAUGUCUAAAAAUGUUUUUUGGACACCACAAUUUCAAACCGGUGCAGUGGAAAGUGAUUCAAUCCGUUCUUCAACAGAGAAGGGAUAACCUUGUUGUCAUGGCAACUGGUUAUGGAAAGAGCUUGUGCUUCCAGUUUCCUCCAGUUUACUGUGUAAACAUCAGUGUGGUCAUCUCUCCUCUGAUCGCUCUGAUGGAGGACCAGGUGCUGCAGCUCCAAAUGUCUAACAUUCAAGCCUGUUUCCUUGGAUCGGCCCAGACCAGAAAUGUGUUUGCUGACCUGAAAAAGGGAUUUUUCAGAGUUGUAUACAUGACCCCUGAGUUCUGCUCAGGAAAUAUUUCUCUGCUUGAACAGCUGAACAAAUCCAUUGGAAUCGCGCUGAUUGCAGUGGAUGAAGCUCAUUGUAUUUCACAGUGGGGGCAUGACUUCAGAGGGGCUUACAGAGACCUCGGAAAACUGAAAAAAUGUCUCCCAGAUGUUCCCAUUGUGGCCCUGACGGCCACUGCGAGCCCCUCUAUCCGGGAGGAUAUCGUAAAGAGUCUCUACCUGGUGGAUCCCCUCGUCACAUGCACAUCAUUUGACCGACCCAAUCUCUACCUGGAUGUGAACCGCAAAUCUGGUGACAUGAUCCAAGACCUGAAGACCUUCCUGGUGAAGAAGAAAGGAGGUGAUUAUGAGUUUGAGGGAGCAGCCAUUGUGUACUGCCCAUCUAAGAAGGAGGCAGAGAGAGUGACUGCCUCUCUGUAUAAACUGGGGAUCCGGUGCGGAGUGUAUCACGCAGGCCUAAGCAUCAAACAGAGGAGAGAAACCCAGUACCAGUUCAUGAGAGAUGAGAUUCAGUGUGUGGUGGCUACUGUAGCCUUCGGGAUGGGGAUUAAUAAGCCUGAUAUUAGAAAGGUCAUUCACUAUGGAGCUCCUAAAGAGAUGGAGUCGUACUAUCAGGAGAUUGGCAGGGCUGGCAGGGAUGGGCUGCCCAGCGCCUGUCAUGUCUUAUGGAUGCCGGGGGAUAUGGCUCUCAACAGAUUUCUUCUCAACCAGACGAAGAGUGACCGAUUUAGAGGCUACAAAAUGGAAAUGAUGGCCAAGAUGGAGAAGUAUUUGAAAUCCACGAAGUGCAGGAGAAAGUUAAUUUUGUCACAUUUUGAGGAUAAGCAACUCCGGAAAGUCACCUCUGGGAUUUUGGGAACCGACAAGUGCUGUGACAACUGCAGAUGUGGGCCUCUCCUCAGCCGUGGCCAAGAGUCUUUUGUGCAGGAGCUAAAGGAUUUUGGGGCGUGUGCCUUUCAGCUGAUGGGGGCAGUGAGUGCUAUGGGUGAGAAGUUUGGCAUUACUGCUCCAAUACUGCUCCUCCGAGGCUCGACGGCUCAGAGAGUUCCUGAACGUUUCCGGAAGAACCCGUUGUUUGGGGCGGGGAGGAGUGUGUCUGAACCCUGGUGGAAAGCUCUGGGCCGUGAGCUCAUCAGUGAGAAGUACUUAAUGGAGACCACUGGCUUUAAUAAAUUCAGUACUCUCUGCAAACUCACCCCCAAGGGAAGAUCAUGGUUAAACAGUGCUAAAGACGAGAAACACAGGACCCUCCUGCUGCAGCCCAACAUAGACCUGUGCCCAAGAGCUUAUGUGCCGAGAAAUCAAGAUGCAAGACCCCCUGUGGCCAGUGUUCAAUACUCUCCACCAGGCACAGCUCAGAGGGCAUAUCCCCGCUCUGAGGCAGCUGCCAGUGCAGCGGUUAAGACGGGUGCAGCAUCAGAUUUCAGGUCAGUCCCUGGACCUUCACAAGCUCCCUCAGCCAAACCUCAGCCUCCUGCUGUCUCUGCCAGAGAGCUGGAGUUACAGGCUGAGCUGUAUGGAAAACUGGUAGCUGAGAGACAGAAGCUGGCCAGCAUAAAGGAUGUUCCUCCAGCUAUACUGGCUACUAACAAAAUCCUGCUGGACAUGGCCAAAAUAAGGCCCUGCACAGUUGCCAGGCUAAAGCAGGUGGAUGGUGUUUCCGAGGCGAAGGCAAACAUGCUGGCUCCACUGCUAGAGACCAUCACUGAGUUGUGCCAGAAAUACAACCUGCAGGAGGCUGCCGCCAGCUCUGUUUCUGUUUGCAGUGCACCACCUCCCUUUACACAAACACGAAAAGCCUCCGCUUUAGCCGACAGUGUUGCUAUUUCCUACAGACUCUUCCAGACUGAGGGCAAAAGCAUGAGGCAGGUAGCUGAUACUCGCAGUCUGCCUAUGACUGUGGUGGAGUCCCAUCUUUUACAGGCUGUAAAUGCCGGUCAUCCGCUAGACAAAGAGAGAGCUGGACUCUCCUCUUCUGUAAUAAACACAAUCAUCCGCAUUGUCUCCUCCCCACCUCUCAACUCAGACCUCAGUGACUUUAGGAGCAUCCGUGCCCUGGUGCCUGAAGAAAUCAGCACUUUUCUGCUCCGGCUCUGUGUCGCUAAACUGCAGAGAGAAGGCCUUCCUAACCCUCUGCCUUCCAGUUCACCAUCAGCACUGCCCAACAUAUCCUGGAUAGAGGUUAAAUCUGUUGAGUUAGACAGUGACAGCCCUGCCCUCAGUUCAGGGAAUCAGCAACAGCAGCCUGAGGAAGAGGCAGAGCAAGACAGUAUAGACAUGAGUGAGGAUGACCUCUUCAGUGAACUGCCCAUGCCUGAGGAUAUGGGCCCAGUCAGCAGUGAUAGCCAGGGUCAUGACCAGUGUAGUGUGGAGGAGAUGAAGCCUACAGAGAUCUCCUACACUGGUGGCAUGAAAUUGGCCUCCUGGAAUCAGGAGGAUCUGGAUAAAGACACUCAGGAUCUGUUCAGUGAUUCCCCAGUGAAGACUGUAAGCCAGAUACCUAAGAGGAAGCUUCCUGAUUGGGCAGAAACACCGGGGGGCUCCAUUCCUGCUUCUUCUGCAAAGAAAACCAAGAAAAAGAAAGGACUGUUUAUUUGAUGUUCAGUAAAUGCCCCAAAACUGUGUAAAAAUGUAAAAUCACAUUUCAGAAUUAAAUAUAUAUAUAUAUAUAUAUAUAUAUAUAUAUGUUUGUAAAUAAUCAAUAACAAUUAAUUGAUUUCUUAAAUAAACUAAUUUUAAAUAUUUUUUUUUCUUUUUUAUGUGUGUCUACACUCAAUUAAGUUCACUGAUUGGUGAAAACUUCACACUAGACCUUAAGCAGCUUGGACUGUCUUUCUCUCCACUCUUCCUCCAGACUUUACAAAUUAAAUGUAAAAUUUACUGAUGAUCAGGGAUGGUUUGGAGAGACACCAUCUGCUGGUGUUGAUCCACUGUGUUUUAUUAAGUACAAAGUCAGUUCAGUUUUUUUUCCCCAGAAAAUCUUACAGCACUUCAUGCUUCCCUCUGCUGAGACCAACUUUCAAAAGUAGUCUUAUAUAAUAUCAAAUAAUAAAAUAGAUCACUCUGUGUGUAAUACAUCUAUAUAAUAUAUAAGUUUCACAUUUUGAACUUAAUUACUAAAAUAAAGUAACUUUUUUAAUGAUAUUCAAAUUUUUAGAGAUGCAAUAGUAUAAUUGUUAGUCAUAUCUACAUGGACCUGAAUGGCAAAGGGUCACCAUAUGGAAUCCAUGCCAUGAGGAACUGAAACUACUGUGCUGAGAGAACAUUAUGGGCCUAAAAAAUGUAUGUCAAGGUUUUGAUCUGUGUUUCGCAGCACAGAGGAGGCGGCAGCCGCAGCAGAGGGAACAGAAAUGAGUUGCAGUGUGUGGGGUUAAUCCUGUGUGAGGUAAAGCUCUUUCUACACUGAUGUCUUUGCAGAUUAAGGAGUCCCUGGAUUACGUGUCAAAGAUAUCGGCUUGUCCUUAGGGAGGAGGAAAAAAAGGCUCGGGGAGAAAAGCAGAAAGACUAAUAGCCUCUGACCCGUUGUUAUUGUUUCUUUUAUAACCAAACCUUAUUCACUGAUGAGCUUUAAAGAUGUUCUGCAUGAUCUCUGCAUCCACACACUUAACCACCCCUCCCCCCUUUAAACGAAACCAUAACAGAAAGAGUUGGCCUAUAAACAUCAAACCCCAUUCAACUGUGUACAUCAUGUUUAACGUCUCUGAAAAUAUAAUUGAUAUAAUUAAUUUGCUUCAUAUUUAUUGUUUUGUCUUGUACACAUUUCUCCCCAAUUUAUAAGGCCAAUUACCUAGCCCACUCAUUAGGACUCCUCCUAUUACUAGUAAUGCCCCAACACCAGGAGGGUGAAGACUAGCACAUGCCUCCUCCGAUACAUGUGAAGUCAGCCGCCGCCCGUUUUCUAACUGCUGCUAAUUUAGCAUCACAGCGCGCUCGGGGGAAAGCGCAGUGACUUGGUUCUAAUACAUCAGCUCACAGAAGAAGCCUUGUGCUGAUCAACAUCACCCUUUGGAGUGAUGUGGGGAGAGAGCAAAGCCAAUUGUGCUCUCUCAGGGCUCUGUCAGCUGAUGGCAAGCUAAAUGAAUGGGAUUUGAACACCACCACCAAAUUUAAAGUGACAGUCUGUAAGUUUUGGUGAAUCCCUUUCGUGCUUUUGUUUAGCCUUUCAGCUCUCUUCAGUUCUAAUUCUGUGUUUCUUUGUUGUAACAAUGCAUGAAUGAGUAGAUGAAGACAUAGAUAAAGAUUUUACUGUUCUGAUAUCUCCUUGUUCACAGUAGCUCUUGUCUCAGCGCCAUUAUCAACAUUGCAGCUGCUCAAUCAACCAGCAAACGCUGUUGUGGCCAAAAGGAAACUCCAGAGAAGACCAACCAUUUAAAAUUAAGAGUUUAUUUGAUUUUACCAAAUUAAAAACCUGGAUGAACACAAGCCAUCAAA